AUGGACGAACAGAAUCACGCGCAGACAUUGCAGGCACUAGAAGUGUUUAUUAGUACCCAGAGGACGUUGCUUGCUCAACAACGAGCAGAUAUAGAGAGACUCCAACGGCUCAAAGUCGAUAUAGUCCAAAGGCCUUCUCACUUCCUUUCUAAUCUCAGCAACGAACUCGACGACAAUGCAUUUAGGCUGAGUGAACAGGCCAGCUGCAGGCUCACCCUGCCAAAAGACAUCGACUGGGCAGUAUUUGAAAAGUCUGGUACGUUUCCAUUCCUCGCAAUCCUUCAAAAUUUCAUCGAACGAUCAACCGACCGAACUCAACCUACAGACACUGGUCCCCUGCGCACCCUGGCACAGUGCAAGCGCGACGAGAUAGCUUCACGUGCCCAGCCCUCGCAGACUCAACGUCCCUCUUCACUUUCAGACCUCCAACGCUUCGUCAAGCGCUCCCGGCGCACCAUUCUCGACCCCAUCCUAGCUCGCUUCGCCGCUAUGUCUCCCGAGCCUGAAAGCAGCAGCGAAGAGGAACUUGAUCCCAUUGAACGUCAGCGGCGGCUCGAGCAGCAGAAAAUUCGCGAGUUGAAACAAAGAAAGAUCCGCGGUGGGUGUGCGCUGCGUAUGCCACUGUCAAGCAAGGCAGGCUCGAUGGGAGUGUUUAUUCGAGAGGACGUUGCGGAGGAGGCAAUGGCUCUGGACGUGUCCAUUGACGACGACGAUGGAGAAAAGGGAACCAUCACGGCGACGCCGCAAUUUGACGUGGAGAUGGAUGCGAGUGAUGGAGAGGUCCCGCUACCGCCGCCGAUGGGCAAGCAGCUUCCUAUUCCACCCAAGAUCAAAAAAGUGUCGUCUUCGUCAGCCAGCACCCGAGUCCACCGUGGUGGAAAGAAGAACCUCCCUCCUCCACCCGUUUUCGACGAUGAUGAUGAUGACGAUGACAUAUCUCCUUUCGCGCCCCUACCCGACAACCCUCCUGCCCCUCGGAAAAAGACCAAACCAAAAGCGUUGGCUAAAACCAAAAGGAAGAAGAACGAUUUCGAAGAUGGAAGUGAGGACGAUGAUUACUAUGGCGCCGAUCCUGCAGAGGAAAUAAAAACGAAAAGUAAAGCACGAGGAAAUGGAAAGCCCAAACCAGAGACGUACAAGCAAGCCUGGUCCGAAUCCGAGCAGAAUUUACUUGAGCAAUUAUUGGAGCAAAUACCCGAGGGAGAAAAGUUCCGGUGGCAGAAGAUUUCACGCGCAAUGGGUGGCAGGAGGACACCGAGACAGGUCGCAAGCCGUGUGCAAAAGUAUUUUGAGAAGCUGAAGAAGUUUGGACUGAUGAUUGACGGCGAUUGA